AUGCCUUCUAUGGUUUCUUCUCGCAAUGAAUCCGCAUAUGUUCUAAAUCAGAUUAUCAUAUCACCUUCAGAUACGGAUUAUCUCGACCAGUUGAUUCCUUCAAUAAAGGAAUAUAGCGUGGGCAAUCGAACUCCACAGUUACUACAGUCCUUGUCUAGGUUUGCUAGCGAUAAGGAAGCUGAAAUAGAAACCAUCUGUAACACCAAUCACCAAGAAUUCGUCACAUCAGUCAAUCAACUCCUCCGUAUCAGGGAAGGUACUGUGAGCCUAACAGCCGAAAUCUUGGACUUAAAUCAAUCCAUUCAAGCUAGUACUGAAAAGCUAGCUGAACAGAAGAAAGCUCUAGUUGAAUCACGGAGCCACCGUCAAAAUAUUGAUGAAACCUCCCGUGCUAUUCAAGAUUGCUUGGAGGUUCUCCGCCUCGCGAACCAAAUUCAUGAUUUGUUAGCGAGGAAAAACCAUUAUGCAGCCCUUCGAACCCUUGAUGAGCUCCAAAAUGUUCACCUCAGGGGCGUGACCAAGUACAAAAUCGCAGACAUCAUUCAGCGCUCAGUGCCAGCAACUCAAAAGGCCAUAGCUGAGGCAGUGAUGUCUGAUUUAAACACUUGGCUAUACAGAAUCCGCGAGAUGUCGCAAUAUCUUGGGGAAAUUGCCUUGUAUCAUACAGAUCUCCGUAAAACGAGGCUGAAGGAGAGGGCUGACAGGACGCCAUAUCUGGGUCAUUUUAAAUUAAAUUCCGCCAUUGAGCUUGUUUCUGAUGAACAUGAGGAAUAUGACCUCCUGCAGAACGAGGAACUACAAGUCGACUUCACGCCGCUGUUUGAAUGCUUACACAUUCACCAAUCUCUUGGACAUAUGGAUAAGUUCAGGAUUGAGUAUGCCAAUACACGUCGUCGACAAAAGGAGCUAUUGAUACCUGCAUCAAUAACUCUCGUUGACGAGGAUGGCGCAAGUCUACAUAACCUUCUUGAAGAGAUGGCAGGGUUUGCGAUUGUUGAACGAUCUACAAUGAAGAGAGUGCCAGAAUUACGAUCUCCAGUCGAUGUAGAUGAACUCUGGGAUUCUAUGUGUCAAACAGCUGUGAACCUGAUAUUGAAGGCUCUUCCCGAAGUCGAUAAUGCCGAGAAUUUGCUGAAAAUUAAGAAUCUGAUUGCACUGUUCAUGCAAACAAUGAAUAGUUGGGGUUUCCCUGUUGGUGUCUUUGACAACUUCUUGCUCACUCUCUUCAAGAAGUACGCUGAAUUGCUCAAGAAGAGGUUCAGUGACGACUUUCAAGAGAUUGUAUCCACAGAUGAUUAUAUGCCUAUGCCCAUCCAGACGCUGGAGGAGUUUGACAAAGUACUCAAUGUUAGCUGGUACACGCCUGAGAAGCCACAGGAAGAACAAACUUUUCCAUGUGUCUUGCCAUUUUCUCAGAUGUAUCCCUUAUGUUGCAUUGACAUUCGGAAUUUUCUGAAUCAGUUCUACUUCUUUGCCAACGACGAUUUCUCCCACUCAAGUGUUAUCGACGAAUCCCUCAAAGAUGCACUCGAUGAACUUCUUUCAAGCAAAGUUUGUGAUACAUUGGUUGAACGCCUUGCUUCUCAGUAUUUGGGGCAGAUCGUUCAGAUACUCAUUAAUCUGGAGCAUUUUGAACUCGCUUGUCAUGAGCUCGAAAAUCUCCUUGCAGCAGCGAGGUCUCACAAUUCCAUGGGUGGUCCCAUCACCCUCAAAGCCACCGAAAAGUUCAGGAACAAUAAAAAGGCGGCAGAGAAACGUAUUUUUGAGGUGGUCAACUCUAAGAUUGACGACCUCAUUGAAACCGCAGAAUAUGACUGGAUGGCUCCUGUUCCGCCUACAGAACCGAGCAACUACAUGCAGACUCUAACCCGGUUCUUAUCCAAUAUAAUGAAUUCGACAUUGCUCGGGCUCCCCACCGAGAUCAAGGAGCUUAUUUACUUCGAUGCUCUUAGCCAUGCAGCAAAUAUGAUUAUUGCGCUUCCUCUUGCCGCAGAUGUAAAGAAGAUCAACCCGAAUGGUGUCAUGGCUCUUGCAAAGGAUGUUGAAUACCUCUAUCACUUUGUUGAUAGUCUUGGUGUACCUAUCCUCCGGGAAAACCUCGAUGAGCUCCAGCAAACUGUGCAGUUGAUGCAGGCGGAUAAUACUGAUGAGUUCUAUGAUAUUUCUACUCGGAAUAAGAAGUAUGGCCGCGUGGACGCCAUAAACGGCCCAGUCCUACUGGAAAAGUUGGUUCGCUCUAUUCAAAGUCCCGUGAAGACUGACAAAUUCACAACACUUUCUUCGAGAUUCGGAAAGAAAUCCUAG